AAAAUCCAUGUAAGUGUAUUUUUAUUUGUUUGCAAGAAAAUUAGGUUUCUUUUUGGUUGCUCAAUAGUUUCUAGUUUGUUUUUCAACUGUUUAAUUUCAGUCUUUCUUUUCUAGGUCCCCCCACCCAAUCCAGAUGUUGUUGGUCAAAAGUCAGCUGCCAUUCAUACUGAUGAAGAAACUGAGGACACUGUCUCUGAUACACCUCUGUUGGAUAAGAGGAAGCGUGCUCCGGCCUUGAAAUCUCCUUUUGUUGAUUUCGGGUCUGCUGAUGUGGGGAGCACUCCAAUGGAGCUAAUGUCCUCAAGUUCUCAAUCAGCUGGGGAUGAUAGGGAUUUUAUAAUGGUGACUUAUGUGAAGGGCCUUUAUGCUCUUAAUGAUGCAUUUGCUGAUCCCGUAUCUCCUGAGAUUGAGGCAAAGUUUGACGCGUGGAUGUGUCAAGGCUUGCUUAAACAUCCUAGGCAUUACAAUUGUUAUGUUGAUGGCGCAAAGAAAUUUACCCCGGGUUUUAGGCUAGGUGUUGAUUAUGUGGAGGAUAAAACUUGGUUUUAUCAUUUGGCUACAUGCGACAUGUUUAUAAAUGACUCGGUAAAGUUUCCACUUUCCAUUAUAGUUUAUGAUAGUUGGUUUUCAAUUGCUUUUUAAAUGUUUUUAAGUUUAGAUACUGUAUUAAAGUUUUUAAACAGUUGUUCAACCUUUUCAUUUGUGUUUCUGUGAUGUUUUUGUUUCAGCAUAUGAACACCAUAUUCUAUUACCUUAGGAAAAAAGGUAAAUAUUCUUCCACUGUGACGUUGAAUUUUGCGACAACUGAUUGUCUCUUUGAUGAUUCCAUCCAAGCUUUGUACUACAAAUUUAACAAAGCCAAGUCAAUGAAGACUAAGAUGUUGCACAUUCACACUGCCCACCCAAUAGCGCAUUACAUUCGAGGUUUGCGCAUUCCGUGUUCUAAGCCUUGGUAUGAAGCCGAUCAUGUGUUAUUCAUCAUUAAUCUAAGGAGGGAAAUGUUGGGAAUUAUUUUACCAGGAUCUUAGAUCUACUCACAAGUAUGUUUAUUAACAUCCUAAAUAUGAACUUUCUAAAACGAUAAAGUAAACACAUAUAAAGUUAAGAAAACCUUACAUUGAUGCAGCGGAAUUAAUGUCUCCUUCCACUCAGAUCUCUAACCCUUGAUUCCUUUCUGUAGCAGAGUAUAAUCAAUAUCUGAGCCCGAAUGUCCUUCUUCUUCAAGUUUUGAUCCUUCACAGUCUUCCAAUCUAUGAUUGAGUUACUGCUUGCUGUGUGUGGGCACUUACUCUUUCACUAGGGUCACGAAAAAGAUGAAGGGAAAAGAGAGAGAGGUAUUUCGGCCAAGGUAGAGAGUGAGGGAAGGCUCAGUUUUUCUGAAGAGAGAAAUUUCUGUCAGAAAGCUGAUCUGAAAACUUUUUGUUUUGACUGAGCCAUCACUUUCUAUUUAUAGGCAACUACUAGGUCUAGGUUUAGAAUUAUUUGGCAUUAAAAUAAUGAAAAUAUUAAUUUGAAAAAGCUAAUUAAGUGGCCGACCUAGGUGUUGUAAUGGGCCUCACUUAAUUUUGCAAUUUUAUCAAAUUUUAUCUCUAUUUUCUCAAAAAUGCCAAUUUUCCAAUUCUAACCUUUUAAAUGCCAAAACUAAUUAUUUAAUAACUAAAAUAGAUUAUUAAAUAAUAUUAUCAUUUAAUUUAAUUAUUAAUUAGACAUAUAAAGUCUAUUAAUAAAUAAAUAAACCCAGAAAACUCUUUUCCUUACAAUUUCACCCCUAAUUAGUGAAAAUUCAUAAAAUUAGACAUAGUCUAACUUUAGAAUUAUAAUUGAUCAAUCAAGAAUCAAUU